UGUUCAAUCACACAUCCUAGCAACCGUUACUAUGUAAACAAGGUCCGUCUAGCUGCCGACCUCCGACAAGCAAAAUGGUGAAGCGGUGUGCCCACGGCCUAUGUAAGUCAGACACUAGAUACCCCAACAGUUUGGCCGGGGAGGUCGUGUUCUUUCCCUUCCCGAAGCCGAAGACACAAUAUGAGCGUUGCCUCAAGUGGAUCGAGCAGUGCGGGAGACCCCACUCCCAGCUAAACGUCCAGAAAAUAAACAAGCACACAUACAUCUGCUCCAAGCAUUUUGUAAAUGGAAAGCCUACUCCCGAGCAUCCGAACCCUGCACGUGCUGUACUAGCGCCGAACCAGCCUGGAGGCUGUCGAAAGACAAGCAAGCAACGACGCAGCUUACGUGUGCAGGAAUCCCCCACCUCCAGCACUGACGAUGCGGAAGAGACUCAACAGCUUGUUGUUGACAGAGAGAGUCCCAAGCCACCUCCACUUCCUGGAUCCCAGCUGAAAACGGAGCCCGAGGAGGAGCAGAGCACUGAAAAGGAGAAGAGAUUAGAAGAAGAAAAAGACAACAUGAAGCUGAAAUUGUCUUUAAAAGAAACUGAAAUAGAAAGGCUGAAAGCACAAAUUAGCACUCUCAAAAAGAGAACGCUAACACCUGAACUACUGGAAAGCAGCCAAAUCCCUGACAUGAUGGGAUACAGUACUGGGUUCACGUAUGAACAAUUCAACCAGCUGUGCAAAAUAUUCGGCUUCCCAAAUGAUCCACGCAACACUCAAACCAACGUGCUCCUAAACUACAAGUGCAGUGAUUGGCAGGUUGCCGAGAUGCCGCUCCGUAGCCAGUUGCUGUUUGUUUUAAUGAAACUCCGCAACAACGAAGACCUGAAGAGUCUAGCCUUUCGGUUUAACAUAAACAUGCAAACAGCGAGUGACAUUUUCAACUCCUGUAUCCGUUAUAUGUUUGACGUAUUGGGUGAAUUACCGAUUUGGCCUCACCGAGACGUCAUUGCGCAGAACAUGCCGAAAACCCACAAAGCAGACCACCCGUCCACAUUCGCGAUAUUCGUCUGCACGGAGCUGAAAGCGGAAAGGCCAACGUCACUGGACCAAAGCACAAACUCCCUAAAAUCUCUAGUUGUCUGCGACCCCCGUGGCGCUGUGCUUUUUUCAUCCGCCCUCUUCGCAGGGUCCACGUCCGACGAGGAGGUAGUCCGACAGUGCGGCAUCCUCCCGCUGCUGGAGAAGCUCAUAGAAACCGGCUACCUGCAGAGAGGCGAUGGCGUGAUGGCCGGUGAAGGCUUUUCCGUAGAGGAAGAGAUGCGGGAACUCGGGCUGCGGUUGAACCCGGCGCCGUUUUCGAGGUCCGAGACGCGAACGACGGCUGGAGAUGAGCCGGUGAAGCACGGGGUCCACGUACAGAGGGCCAUCGCUAAAAUAAAACAGUUCAAGAUAGUGUCAGACAGCAUUCCUGAUACAAGGUUAGAGAUCAUCAAUCACAUCUGGUAUGUGGUGAGUAUGCUUUCCAACUUCCAGCCGCACAUACUGGAGUAAGGGACAGUGGUAGCAUCAUGUGGAAGGUGCUGUAGAGAUACAGAUUUCUGGAUACUAUGUGGCUCAGUCCCUGUUUCAUCUUUAAUGUGUAGGCCUGUUUUUUUAUAUUGUAAGGACCAUUUAGAGUUCGUAAAUGUCUAUUUUUGUUUAAAUAAACCCAUGGGGAAAAGUCUUAUCUCCAA